GGAAGCUCGAUUGCCUCCUCAAGCGCUGCCAAAGACGAGAGGGCGACCUUCUAGCUGUUCCUGGUUCGGCCUUUGCACCACCACCAGGCAGCUUGCAUUCAGAAACCAGUUAAUCAAAGCACAGAGUGGUUACUGCUUUACGUUGUUCAUUACAGCAGCUUGUUCAUUGGGAUGGCGCCUCCGAUGACAGAAACAAGUGUUCAGUCCCGCUUACAGACGUCCUAAAGCUGUGAUUGAACGAUGGAUAAUCACCAGGAAACAAGGUAUCGGCCAGGACCAGACUGCGCAACCAGCGCGGUGGACGGCUUGGUCCGGGCAGGACUAGCAGGGCUAGUUUGGGGGGUGUUCUCCUCCAACUACGAUAGGAGGGUGAGAAAGUCAUUGGGUUUCUCUUACGUGGCCACAAACACGCUGAAGACUGGCGUCACGUGGGGUACGGUGGCGGCUACUUACUUGGGGCUUCACUGCGGACUGGAGCGACUGCGCAGAAAGCAGGACACGUUGAAUGCCACGCUCGCCGGGGGGGCGGACAGGGGCUAUCCUUUCUUUGUCCUUGCCCCGGGCUCGACGACGCUUUCUCCUCACCACGCUGCUCUCUGCUGGGAUAACAACUCUAGUCGACCAAGUCCGACCAACGGUUUACUAGACGCGCAUUGAGCACCUGUAACGCAUCUCGUUGAUCGAUGGGGUAGACCACAAUGCACAUUUUGCAGUACUUGAGCCUCAAGCUGCGGCCUUUCGUUCUAGUAACCUGUAAUUGAAAAAGGAAUUGAGUGUCACAAGAUUGGCCAUGCGUAUGUUGCUUUUGAGUUUAGAGACUGAUAGACCAAACUUGCUGCAGUGCUUCAGCUGAAUGUAUUUUUGAGAAGGUGAAUGUCUACGCGUUUGCUUCAAAUCGG